UGGCCCUAUCAUCAGAGACUUCAGGUUCAUUGGGAUGAAUGGCCCUCAGUACAAUAAAACAUUGAAGAACACCUCCAGUUGGAUAAAGAGAAAGAGGCAUGCUGAGAGAACAGUGUAACUCCCCAAGAAGCAGCUGUAUGCUGAUGUGUACCAAUGCAGCCACAUAUAACAGUAACCACACCUUCGGUUCCUAGGCAUCCAAAACCACAACUACAACAUAGGCCACCUUACUAUAUGCCUGGGCUACAUUUCUUGGGAUUUUUAGAACCACCAACCAACCUAACCCAAGUCAACACAGGGCUAUAUGGAUCACCCGCAGAUCACCCCCCGUCAUCCAGUGGAGACACUUUGGAUGCCUGCCCCUCCUCUUCUGCCCAACUGUCCUCCUGGCUUGGAAUAUUUAAGCCAACUGGAUUUUCUGUUGGUUCAUCAAAGGAUUGAGAUUGUGGAAAUAAUAACUGGCCUUGAAACAUGUAACCGGUACGAAAUAAAAAAUAACACUGAUCAACGACUGUAUUAUGCACUGGAGGAGAACAAUUUCUGUACCCUGUUUUGGUGUGGAGCAGCACGGCCGUUCACCAUCAGAAUCUUAAACAACUUGGGCCACGAAAUCAUCCAGUUGAAGCGCCCACUUCGGUGCUCCAUGUGUUGUUAUCCUUGCUGUUUGCAAAAGCUUGAAGUCCAGGCCCCACCUGGCACUCCCAUUGGGUAUGUUAUACAAAAUUGGGAUCCCUGUCUGCCUAAAUUCACGCUCCAAAAUGAAGCCCACGUGGAUAUACUCAAAAUUGUUGGGCCUUGCAUUUUAUGCAGCUGUGGGCAAGAUAUUCCAUUCAGUCUGAUGUCACUGGAUGAGAAAUUCAAUGUUGGUAGAAUCACUAAGCUAUGGGGCGGCUUCUUGAAGGAAAUCUUAACAGAUGCUGACAACAUUGGGAUCGAGUUUCCCUUGGACCUUGACAUAAAAAUGAAAGCCAUCACACUUGGAGCUGCCUUCCUCAUAGAUUUCAUGUAUUUUGAAAGCAGUCACUAGGGAUGUGCGAUCGAUUAAAAAUGGUUCUAAAGUACUUACAGAA